AUGGAAGAAGACAACCUUAAUGACAUCUAUAGAGAGUGUCUAAGAAACCAUGCAGCUACACUUGGUAGCUAUGCAACUGAUGGCUGUGGAGAAUUUACUCUAGACGACACUUCCUCGGGUUGCCUACGCUGUGCUGCAUGUGGCUGCCACCGCAACUUCCAUCGGAAAAUUACCUAUGGAGCAAGCUACAGCAGCCGGGGCGUGGCACAUGGUACGGGGGCAGAGAUGAUAGAAUAUGGCAGCGGCAGUGGAGGAGUGCAAUCGCUGGAAUCAGAGCGAAGCAGCAAGAAGAGGUUUAGGACAAAGUUCACAGAAGAGCAAAAGGAGAAAAUGCUCGAAUUCGCAGAGAAUUUGGGGUGGAAGUUGCAGAGGAAAGAUGCAGAAGAUGAAACCGAGAUGUUCUGCAGAGGAAUUGGAAUUAGUAGGAAAGUUUUCAAAGUGUGGAUGCAUAAUCAUAAAAAUUCUUCCACUGCUUCUGCAUCUACUGGUAAUGCAUCUUCUCUUACUCAGUAG